AUGUCUGCCCAAGCUAAGAUCCUAUCCCAAGCCCCAACUGAAUUGGAACUACAAGUUGCUCAAGCUUUCAUCGAAUUGGAAAGCAGCUCCGCCGAAUUGAAGGCUGACCUAAGACCCCUACAAUUUAAGUCCAUCAGAGAAAUCGAAGUCACCGGUGGUAAGAAAGCUCUAGUUAUCUUCGUCCCAGUUCCUUCUCUAGCUGGUUUCCACAAGGUUCAAACCAAGUUGACCAGAGAACUAGAAAAGAAGUUUGCUGACAGACACGUUAUCUUCCUAGCUGAAAGAAGAAUUCUUCCAAAGCCAGCCAGAGGUGUCAAGAACGCUCAAAAGAGACCAAGAUCCAGAACUUUGACUGCUGUCCAUGAAAAGAUCCUAGAUGACAUGGUUUACCCAACUGAAAUUGUUGGUAAGAGAGUUAGAUACCUAGUUGGUGGUAACAAGAUCCAAAAGAUUCUAUUGGACUCCAAGGACAUUCAACAAAUCGAUUACAAACUAGAAUCUUUCCAAGCUGUCUACUCCAAGCUUACUGGUAAGCAAAUUGUUUUCGAAAUCCCAUCUGAAACCCAUUAA